CUCAUGCGGUUUCCGCGCACCCAGCCACUCAGAGGCCGGCUUACUGCCAUUGGCUGCACAUGUGCCGUUUCGAGUUUACAGCCCAUAACGUUAUGAGCAGGACAUCUGAGUUAAUGGCCCUGGGCAUUGUGGAAAUAUCCGCGGAACGUGUCAUGUUUCGUUCGUUCUAAGCCCUCGAUCAUGGUGAUACAGCACGGAGACUCGAGUCGCUGUGUUCUCCGGGACAUGCCCGAUGCUGGCGGCGAUAUCAUUGCGGCAGAUCGCUUGUUGCCUCGCCUGUCUCUUGCUCACAUACCGCUUUGCCACUGUGCUAUUUGGACCGCUUCACAAACACAUUUCCGUAGAGCUGGCUUGCAUCCUCCCUGGACGCAAGCGAGCAGUGGGUGUUCUCCGUGUUGCGGAGGUGCCUUUCAGCACCAAACUGGCAAAAACUUCACCAUGGCCCAACAAUGGCGUGAUGUCUGCCUGCAGCACUCGUCAUUGCCCCAGGCUGCAUUGCUGUGCCAGUCUUCGGUCGAAAGCUACAUUGCCGUCAUUUGGAAUUCCAACGACAAAUCCAGAAUGUCCCAGGGCCGUUUUUCUAAUUCGCAGCCGAUGCUGGCAUCCACCUGUGUAAGUGGCGUGGAUCUGACCUGCCAGAACUGGAAAUAAGUGCUGCCUCCGUUCAACCAUAACCUGGGCAGUGAGACUGGAGAUGAAGCAACAACAUCUCCCAUUUCCUCGAUACCGCAGAUCAAUCAAGACAGCCCAUGACAUGCAUGCGCAAGAUACUAGUGUGCUGGCGACCAAAGCAGCAUCAAACAGAGAUCUGCACGUGAAGCGAAGUGCAUUUAGGUGAGUCAAUGAGCUUACCCGGCAUCGGCGCUCUGCCUGCUACCCCGCGACAGGGAAUGUGCGUGACUCAAGCUCAA